AUGAAGGGCCUUGCCGCACUCGUGCUGCUCCAGGCCGCCGGCCUCUCGCAGGCGGCGCUCCGGUUCGCGUGCUCCAGAGUCUCGAUCCAACGCCUCGACCCGCUCGUCGAGCCCGGCCGGAUCCCGUCGGCCCACGUGCACCAGAUCGUCGGCGGCAACGCCUUCAACGCCACCAUGGCGGGCGACAUUGGUGAGCAGGCCACCUGCACCACCUGCGCCUACACCGAGGACCUGUCCAACUACUGGACCGCCGUCAUGUACUUCCGCCACGCCAACGGCUCGUACAAGCGCGUGCCCCAGUACGCCAAUGCCCAGCUCGGCACCGAGGGCAAGGACGCCCCCAACAUCCAGGGCGGCAUGACCGUCUACUACACGCAGAAAGACUUCAACACGAACGGCAACAAGUUCAUCCGCGCCUUUCCCCCCGGGUUCCGCAUGACGGUCGGCAGCCCGGCGGCCAGCUCGGCCGACUACGCCAAGGGGCACCCGGGGCUGCGCUACACGUGCCUGCAGACAAUCCUCACGCGCGGGUCCGAGACGGCUGACUUCCCGGCCAAGCCGUGCCCAGCAGGGAUCAUGGCGAUCCACCACUUCCCGGCGUGCUGGGACGGCAAGAACGUCGACAGCCCGGACCACCAGGCGCACAUGUACAGCACGACGCGGGGCGGGUUCGCCGAGGCGGGCGAGUGCCCGACGUCGCACCCGGUGCGCGUGGCGCAGGUAGCCUACGAGACCAUGUGGAACACGACGGCGUUCGCGGGCAUGUGGCCGGCCGACGGCCGCCAGCCGUUCGUGUGGAGCUUCGAGGGCAACGGCUACGGCACCCACGCCGACUACCUGUUCGGCUGGAAGGGCGACAGCCUGCAGCGCGCCAUGAACUCGACGUGCAUGUUUCACGCCUGCGGCAGCCCGGGCGUCCAGGGCGUGCUCAAGACGCAGACCGUCGACGAGAUGAACAGGUGUGCCGUCAAGCCGACUGUCGUCGAGGAGACGGACGGCUGGCUCGAUGCGCUGCCCGGCCAGGCCGAGCCUGCCAUGGGGCAUAUGCCUAUGAGGGUGUAG